AUGCAUAUCCAGCAGUAUUUCGUACUCCUUCUAUCACUUUAUGCUACGGCAUCUCUCGCCGAUUACCUUGGACCAACUUACCCAGCCCCGAUCGACCUUACAAGUCCACACAGUCUAGUCCCAGUUGCAUGGAAGAAUCUCACGAACACAUUCGACUCCUAUCUGAAGCACCACUUGAAGAACCAAGACACCAUCGCCCUUGAAGGUGUCGAGAAUAUCACAUUCUCUGCCGGACUAUUCUCCAUCCACGACCCAAGGGCCAAAAAACUACAGUACCAUUAUACCAGUCAGGAGAUUCUCAACGCCACGAAUGGCACACACAAUGUCGACGGCGACAGCAUUUAUCGCAUUGCCAGUGCUACCAAGCUAUUUACAGUCUACGCCGGCAUGCUAGCCCUGACUGAAGAAGAAUGGAACCGCCCUCUCACAGAGAUCAACAAAGCUUUCGCCGCGGUCGCCGAGCAAGGCGACAAAGACCCUAUUUGGCAUGUCCAAUGGGAUAAGAUCACACCAUGGGCUCUAGCGUCUCAGAGCUCUGGUAUCCCACGUGAAGGAUGGCCUUUUGCAGACAGUCUCUGGGCUUACCUUUCUAAUGUCAAAUACGGUUUGCCUUCAACAAACCCCGUUACAGAAUGGGGCAUGCCGCCAGUCAAUGCAUCCAACCUGGGAGCCUGCUGGAACACAGAUGGAAUUUGUUACGGACAAGAUGCCAUCAAGAGUGUCCGCUCUCAACCACCCGUCUUCCUCCCUUGGUCUACUCCAAUGUACGCGAACGACAACUUCAUGAUGCUCGGCCUCAUGAUGUCCAACAUCACCGGCCACACCAUCGAAGACAUCUACCAAACGACGUUGUUUGAGCCCUUGGGCUUGAAGUCAACUUUCGCAUCAGUCCCAACAAGCCGAAAUGACCUCACCCGCUCCGUUAUAGUCGGCGCUCCAGAAUCCGGCUUCGCCAUCCUCCCUGCCCUCAGCAUCCCAUCUGGCGGCAUCUUCUCCUCUAUCAACGACCUAGCCAAAUUCGGCAUCUCAAUCUUGAACAACACCCUCCUUUCAGACAACACAACCCGUAAAUGGAUGAAACCAUCCAUCCACACCGCAAGCCUAACCUACUCCAUGGGCGCACCCUGGGAAAUCAUCCGCUACAUCCACCCUUCCACCGGCAAAAUAACAGAUCUAUACACAAAACUAGGCGAUUCAGGCUACUACGGCUCAAACAUUGUCCUCAUCCCAGAAUACGGAGCCGGAUUCAGCAUUAUCAAUGCUGGAACAACCUCUUCACGAGGCGAUCUCUCAAAUAUCGUCCUAGACUACAUCACAACAACCAUCCUCCCAAUCUUCGAAGCCCAAGCUGCCCUCGAAGCAACCAAGAACUACAUCGGAACCUACGUCUCCUCCGAUCCCAACCUCAACUCCUCUCUCACAAUCGCAUUCAACAAAUCACGAACUACACCACAUUCCGGCCUAACCAUCACUCAAUGGAUCUCGAAUGGCACAGACGUUCUGAACACUAAGCUCUUCGCUGGUCUUAAGCCUCGUCUCCUCCCAAGUAUCUCCAAACAAACACCCGACGGCGCAAAAGGCCAAGUCGCUUUCCAGGCUUCGUUGGUAAAUCAGCUGUAUGGGUAUUUUGCACCUGGAGCAGCGAAGAUGGGAGUGAUUGGGCCGUUUACGGGUCAAUAUGCCACUAAUUAUGAUUGGCUGAUCACGGAUGCUACGCACUAUGCUGGGAAGGGGACGAAUUUGUUUGUAUUUGAUGUCGAUGCGAAGGGGCGGGCCGGCGCUGUUUGGCCGGCGGCUGCUAGGGUUAGGUUGGUGAGGAGGUAG